AACUCCUAUUAUAGACCAGCAAUUAGCCUUCAUAUUUCAAAUUGCAGUUUAUAUAAAAGCACAGUAAGUGUAGAUUUGUUAGCUAGAAUAGUGAGGAAAAGGUUUUGAAAACAUUUGUUUUGGAACGGCAGUCUCCUUCAAUGGAGAGUAAGUACGUUUAGAAUCUAAAGCGGUGGCUCCCCCCAUCGCAGGAAGGGGAAAGCGCAUGUAGCCUAAAGGAGAGAAGUGUGCACUGAUCAGGAGACAGGAACCACUUGUAUUCCUGUGUAGCACAGCAGAGCAGGAAGACUGGCCAGAGGACACCGGUUAAGUUCAGGUGGUGGGUGCCACAUUAUAGCGGAGAGGAACCCCAAUGGUUCCCCACUGUGGAAGAAAAGACACCACAUUGAUACCAUAGAGGCGGCAAGCUGCAUUUGUGCUGGAGUCAGGUGGGCCGGUAAGGGUACGGUAGCGGUGACACCUUGGGGCUGAGCAGGUGUGCCGAUCGGAGGAGGAGGAAGGAAACUGACGUGGGCCUGGAGCCCAGUGACAGCCAGGAUGGCCGAGCAGAAAGUUAGCCUACCUGCUAAGCUGAUUAAUGGGGGCGUGGCAGGGCUAGUGGGUGUGACCUGUGUGUUUCCUAUUGAUCUGGCUAAGACCCGACUACAGAACCAGCAGGGUGCCCGAGUCUACACCGGGAUGCUGGACUGUUUGACGAAGACAGUUAAGAUGGAAGGCUACUUUGGGAUGUAUAGAGGUGCAGUAGUGAAUCUCACUCUUGUCACACCAGAGAAAGCCAUCAAACUGGCAGCAAAUGAUAUCUUCAGACAGAAACUCUCCAAGGAUGGGAAGUUGCCCCUAUGGGGGGAGAUACUGGCAGGAUGUGGGGCGGGGACGUGUCAGGUGAUAGUGACCACACCCAUGGAGAUGCUCAAGAUCCAGUUGCAAGAUGCAGGAAGGUUGGCUGCCAUAACCAGAGUGGUCCAAGCACCCACUGCAGCUCCUGGUCCAGCGCCGUCAUUGGUGGCCCCCCCUGCAGCCCAGCCAGUCCCACCACCACGGACCACUGCCAUCCGUAUCACCCUGGAGCUACUGAAAACACGCGGCCUGCCUGGCCUCUACCGGGGAGCAGGAGCCACAUUGAUGAGGGACGUCCCUUUCUCUAUGAUCUACUUCCCGAUGUUCGCCAACCUGAACGCGCUGGGCCGAGGAGGGCCGAGUAGCCAUGGAGACCUGCAGGAGCGGGCCCCCUUCCUGCAGUCCUUCACGGCAGGCUGCACAGCCGGAUCAGUGGCAGCUGUAGCUGUCACACCACUGGACGUCAUAAAGACUCGUAUACAGACCUUGCAGAAGGGGGAGGGGGAGGACACAUACCGUGGCAUUGUUGACUGCACACGGCGGAUCUGGAGUAAAGAGGGCCCAGCAACAUUCCUCAAAGGGGCGACAUGUCGCGCUCUGGUCAUUGCCCCUCUCUUUGGCAUCGCACAGGGGGUCUACUUUCUGGGCGUAGGAGAGCAGUUGCUAGGGCUACUGGAAUAGCAGCAGAAUGUGACCCUUUACAGUAUAGAACAUACUGCUUCAUUCAGCAGUGAAAGUGAAUGGCGGGAGAGAGGAGUGUAGCCCUAACUGUAUGAGCACUGAGUACAUGGAGAGAGAGCGAGAGAAAGACCGAAAGAGAGAGAGGUCACAAUCAGCUAACCAAAUGAUGAGGAAGAGAGUGAAGGAUGAUGGGGAGGCUCUAACUGCUAACAUGGGAAACAACAUUGCACACUAAUUAUGUUUGUCUAGAUUUCUAAAAUGUGUAAGCAGGGUUCUAUAGGUUAAAUAGGCUUCUGAGUGUAUAUGUAUGUGACUAAUCUGGAGGUGUGUCUCAGCCAGGUUGGUGUCUUAGGGUUGUACUUUCAACUUGAGAGCUAACUCUCCAUGGUUCUUAUGCAGAAGGGUCAUUGAGUUUGCCAUCACUAAGGAAGUUGCCAAGCUAUCGUGUUAUUUGAGUGACAAAACCCUCUUGAAAUUUGUUUUCAAACUAUCAAAUCUUUUUAUGAAUGUUGUAUAAUGUUGACUACAUUGCCAUGUUUGAUGAGAAGUCUAAACUAGAACUUGGCCCACAUUUCAAAGCAAAUGUUUCACCUUUCACAGAGAGAUAUCCUUUUUGUUUUGUUUUAUGAAAAAGGACUUAACCUCCACAUUAGCUCAGUGAGUUGCUUUCCCAUCCGUGAGUCCAGAGUUGUAAUCUUGGACUCGUCCUGUGUCAAGCACUGCCAGUUAACUGUAUAGGGUCAGUUGUUAAUGCUUUAAUCCUAUCUCUGUACUGUAACCUGCUGAACAGCCAGGCUCCUCUACUACAGUUUAGACUGCUGGGCCUGCACUCUGAGGCCUUACCUUCCUGUUCACCACAACUCUGAGGCUCGGAAGCAAACCUCCUCUAGCUGUAUUACUGUUAGCUUAACUUUUUUAAUGCUUCUAUGAAUGACAUGUUGGUUCACACAAUAAAAAUAAUUAAAAUAAAGCCUUA